UCCGGAAGAUGGCGGCGUCCACGCGUGCGGGAGCGCCGGUCCCCGGCGGCUGCCGGCGGCGCAUGGGCCGCGGGAAGCGUCCGGGCGGACGCGGGCCCGGAGCCCUAAAGCGGCUAAAGCUAGCGGUGGAGGAAUUCGUGCAGUCGGCCUCCGAGGGCCAGCCCCCCGGCGGCCGUGAGGGGUCCCGGGCGGAGCGGCGCUCGCGGCCCGGCGGCAGAAAGAGCCGCAGGGAGCUGAGAAAGGAGAAGCGACAAUUGAGGAAGGCGCGCCGGCUGCAGAGGACAGCGGACCCCGCGCAGGGCCCGGGCAGCGUGGCCGGGACGGAGAGUGGGCACCGGACCGAGGGCGCCGAGGGGCUGGGCGGCUGGCCGUUCCCGCCGCGUCGGGCCCCACGGCCGCCACAGGCCCCGCCGUGUCCCCCGGCCCCGGCCAAGGCCAAGACCAAGACCAAGGCGGCCCCGACCAAGGCGAGGGCCAACCCCGGGGACACCCGGCUCUCCGCCAGCGCCGCCCGGAAACGGGCUCUCCUGGCGGCCAACGAGGAGGAGGACCGAGAGAUCCGGAAGCUGGAGCGCUGCCUGGGCUUGAACAAGCGCAGGAGGAAGGGCGACUCCAGUUCCGUGCCGCUCAGCUUCGCCCGCGACGGGCUCGACUACAUCCUGGGAGCCCUAGGGUCCGGGGGCGGCAGUGCCUUGUGUGACAGCAGCAGUGAGGAGGAGGGGGAGGCCGGACAGACGGCCCGCGCGAGCGACGGCGAGAGCGACGCCGGGGACGCGAGCGACGGCGAGAGCGACGCCGGGGGCGAGAGCGACGGCGAGAGCGACCCCGGCGACGCGAGCGGGGAGCAGGAGGACGACGAGGACGAGCAGGAGGAGGAAGAGGAGGUACAGAAGGAAAAGCGAAAAAAGGCCGCAGCAGAAGCGAGAACGAAGGGGGAGAAGAGAGUCCGCUUUGCGGAGGACGAAGGCAGGCGUGGAAGUCCCCCGGAGGUUGCUGACGGGGCACAUCAGCCGGGCCUUAGUGACGACGGCGAGAAGUACGUGCCCCCUCACGUGCGGAGGGCUGAGGAGCCUGUGGACGCCCAGAAAAGGGAGGAGAGGGAACGGCUCAAGAAGCAGAUCCAAGGCCUCAUUAACAGGCUGAGCGAGCCGAACAUGGCCUCCAUAAGUGGGCAGCUGGAGGAGCUGUACAUGGCCCACAGCCGGAAGGACGUGAGCGACACGCUCACGGGCGUCCUCCUGAGCGCCUGCGCCCCGGGCUGGGCCGCGCCCGGCCGCCUCCUGAUGGAGCACGUCCUCCUGGUCAGCAUCCUGCACCGCACGGUGGGGGUCGAGGUCGGAGCUCACUUCCUGGAGGCUGUGGUGCGGAAGUUCGAUGGCGUCUACAAACAGGGAAGCGAAGGCAAGGAGUGCGACAACCUGCUCACCGUCGUCGCCCACCUGUACAACUUCCACGUGGUGCAGGCUCUGCUCGUCUUCGACAUUCUCCGGAAGCUUGUUGACACUUUCACAGAAAAAGACAUCGAGCUGAUCCUGCUCAUGCUGAGAAACGUGGGCUUUGCGCUGAGGAAAGAUGACGCGCUGUCCCUGAAGGAGCUGAUCACAGAGGCCCAGGCCAAGGCCAGCGGGGCCGGCGGCAGGUUCCAGGACCAGACCCGGGUGCGAUUCAUGCUGCAGACGAUGCUGGCGCUGAAGAACAAUGACAUGCGGAAGAUUCCGGGCUAUGACCCCGAGCCGGUGCAGAGGCUGAGGAGGUUGCAAAGCGGUUUGGUGCGUGGCGCCGGCUCAGGCACGGAAACGCAGCUGCGUGUGUCCUGGGACAACAUCCUGAACGCCGAGCAGACCGGGCGCUGGUGGAUCGUGGGGUCCGCCUGGAGUGGGACCCCGAUGAUCAACAGCAGUCAGCAGAGGGCCCUGCAGAAGCCGCUCGCGGGCACGGUUAGCGCGGAGAUGCUGGAACUCGCCCGGAAGCAGAGAAUGAACACCGAUGUCAGGAGAAGCAUCUUUUGUACGAUUAUGACGAGCGAAGAUUUCUUGGACGCGUUUGAAAAGCUUCUAAAGCUCGGGCUUAAGGACCAGCAGGAGAGGGAAGUGGUCCACGUGCUCGUGGACUGCUGCCUUCAGGAGAAGACCUACAACCCUUUCUACGCCUUCCUGGCCGGCAAGCUCUGCGCCUACGAGAGGAGGUUCCAGAUGACUUUCCAGUUCAGCAUGUGGGACAAAUUUCGGGACUUGGAAAAUUUGCCAGCCACUAAUUUCUCCAAUUUGGUUCACCUGGUGGCCCACUUGUUGAAGACAAAAUCGCUUCCACUCUCCAUCUUAAAGGUGGUUGAGUUCAGCGAGUUGGACAAGCCCAGAGUCCACUUUUUACGGCAAGUGCUGUGUAUGCUGUUGAUGGAAACAGAAGUUGAAGACCUGGGUGUGAUUUUCACCAGGGUGUCGGACAACCCGAAGCUGGGCGUCCUGCGCGAAGGCCUGAAGCUCUUCAUCGGCCACUUCCUGCUGAAGGGCGCACGGGCUCCCCGCACCGCCGAGGAGGCCAGCACGCUGAGGGAGAGAGCCGAGCUCGCCACCAGGGCUCUGCAGGGGAGGGCCUCGCUGCGGCUGUAGCCGGCGCCGCGGGCUGCUGUUGUAUUUGAGACUCUAUUUUGAGAUAAUUUUUGGAUGCAAGGUUAUUCUGGGUUGGUGCUGUAAACCAUUUGUGUGCGUGUAGGAGGCGUGCGCUGACCCUGGGCAAUGUUUUCUGAGCAAGGAGACAGGUGCGUGUAAGUACAUGUGCACGCGUGUGAACCUCUGCUUGCUUCAGAGACGAGGUGGGCCACCAGAGGGCGCAGUUACAAAGAAAUUGCCCGGCUUUUCACCUUACACAUCGGUUAAGAGUUCAGAAACCAUCCAUUGAACGUGGUGCCUGAUACUCGACUGAUCAUCAAGUAUUGGGAACGCACGUAUCCUGGGCACGUCAGCAGCUCGCCUGAGCCGCGCGAGUGUGGGCGCAGUUCCGGGCGCGUGCGGGCUCUUGUGACUCCGGAAGCCGGGACUCGGGGAGGCUCGCUCCUCCCUGUGUGAGUCAGUCGUGCGGCCCCUCGAGGGACUCCGGGUCGUGGGGCACUUUCCUAACUCUCCGAGGGGCUCCUGGGGGCUCUGCUGAGCUGGGGCCAGGGUGCAGCGACCGGAGGUCGGCAGACUG